AUGCGGCUCCUCUCAUUUGCUAGUCUUUUCAGCUUAGGCUUUGCAGCCUCUCAGCAGGUCCUCCAGCCUGAGAGCGCUGAUGGCUUUCGCGUGUUCCAGAGUCAACACAGUGAUCACGCUAUCCGUAUUCGCCAGCAAGAUGAAACCAUCUGUGCAGCUGGCUCGGCUCAAUAUACCGGUUGGCUGGAUAUUGGACCCGUACAUCUUUUCUUCUGGUACUUUGAAAGUCAGAACGACCCUAUCAAUGAUCCUUUAACUCUAUGGAUGACUGGUGGACCUGGCGGGUCAAGUAUGAUUGGCCUUUUCGAAGAGGUUGGGCCCUGUCUUAUCAAUAAAGAUGGGAAUGGGACCAGGUACAACCCGUUUGGAUGGUCUCGGAACUCAUCCAUGCUGUUUGUUGACCAGCCUGUGGAUGUCGGCUUCUCCUAUCUCGAUGAAGGGUAUGAGCUACCCGGCGAUUCUGCGACUGCUGCUGUGGAUAUGCAUCGAUUCCUGCAGCUUUUCGUCUCAGAAGUCUUCCCUCAGCAUCUCAAUAGUUCUUUUCAUUUGUCUGGCGAGUCUUAUGCCGGGAAAUAUAUUCCAGCCCUCGGCGCCCAAAUUGUCAAACAAAACAAGCUUUACCCGAAUGAACCUCAAGUUCAGCUUCGAUCGUGUCUAGUAGGAGAUGGGUACAUGUCUCCGAAAGACUCGGCGUUCGGAUACUGGGAGACGCUAUGUACUACGAAUCCGGGAGUAGCAGAGCCUGUAUUCAACAAGACAAGAUGCGAUAUCAUGGCGGCGAAUAUGCCCCGCUGUAUGGAAGUCAUGGAUACUUGCAUUCGAAAUCCUGACCCUGCGAUCUGCAAUGCCGCAAAUCAAGUCUGCUGGGACAAUGUUGUGAGUUGGUAUGACAACGAGUCAGGAUUCGAGGGUGGCCGCAAUAGGUUUGAUAUCACUCAUAAAUGCGAAUAUGCCGACCUCUGCUAUAUUGAAGCUGCAUGGAUUCAGGAAUACCUCAACACCCCGACUAUCUGGAAUGCACUCUCGCCACCGAAACAGAUUAAACAUUAUAACACAACCUCCGACAACAUUUCCCGCUCAUUUGCAAAGACCGCGGAUUUAGAGAUAUCUACCGACGACCAAGUCACCUAUUUGCUCCAGAACCAGGUUCAUUACUUAGCUUACCAAGGUAACCUUGACCUUGCUUGCAACACUGCUGGGAACCUCCGCUGGGCAAAUUCAUUAGUAUGGAAAGGGCAGGCCGAAUUUGCGUCUAAGUCGCUCAAGCCGUGGAAGUCGGUUGUUGCUGCAACUGGUAAGGAAGAGGUAGUUGGAACGAUGAAGGAAGUCCGGGUUCGCACGAGCGAUGACGCAAAGAUCGAGUCGCGCUUUGCUAUUGUCACGGUUGAUAAUGCUGGUCACUUCCUUCCUCAAGAUCGUCCUGAUAUUGCGGUGGACAUGAUGACCCGGUGGAUUACAGGCGCAUCCUUUGAUUAG